UCAAGGUGUCUAGAGUGAGUUUGUUGCUGUGAUUCACGGUAAAGAGCCGAAAACCUCUAAGGUGUGUGUUGCGUUUGCUCCAGCUGUAUCGAUAAGGAACAUGGCAGAGAAUGGCAAAUACAAAAACCAGGCUAAGGACACCGUGGACGCCUCAAAAUUCUCUCUAAAAAGCAGCAGCAAAGCUCCAGCAGGUGGUGAUGAUGAGGUGAAGAACAGCUCAGGGAGUCAAGGUACUCCCUCUGACAUGUACCGCUACCGAACGGACUACCCCUGCAUGGGAGUCUGCCUCAUUAUCAACAACAAGAACUUUGACGUACACACCGGAAUGAAAGUCCGAAAUGGGACCGAUGUUGAUGCUGCUAAUGUUGCUAAGACAUUCAUUAAACUGGGUUACAAGAUCAGAUUGUUGAACGACCAGACCGUGGAUAACAUGAUGAAACAGAUGGAUGCAGUGGCUAAGGAGGACCACAGUCAGAACGCCUCAUUUGUGUGUGUGCUGCUCAGCCACGGAGAACAGGAGUUGAUUUAUGGCACUGAUGGGUUCAAAAAGCUUGAAACGCUGAUCGAAUGCAUUAAAGGACGUCGUUGCAUGAGUCUGGUGGGGAAACCAAAGCUCUUCUUCAUACAGGCGUGCAGAGGUUCAGAGCUUGACCAUGGCAUAGAGAUGGACUCUGCAGUAGACGAAACGUCUGCCAAGAUUCCUGUGGAGGCAGACUUUAUGUACGGGUACUCUACUGUUCCAGGCUUUUACUCCUGGAGAAACACCAGUAACGGCUCCUGGUUCAUACAGUCACUGUGUGAAAGUCUGAAUAAGUUCAGUGGACAGCUGGAGCUGAUGCAGAUCAUGACGCGAGUCAACCACAAGGUGGCGUUCCACUUUGAAUCUGCUUCCGACUUGCCUGGAUUUAGUGGAAAAAAGCAAAUUCCCUGUUUUGUGUCAAUGCUGACCAAAGACUUUUACUUCCCUACUAAAUGAGUUCAUAAAGUGUUCACCUUUGGGAUUCAGAAAGUACUUUCAAAGCAUUCAUUAGCAUUUAUUAUUUUAUUUGGAGUAAAAACAGAAUUAGACUGUGUUUUUGUAAAAGAAACUGUUGUUUUCUGAUUUCAGAAAAAACACAUCAACCAUUGUUUUUUUUUUUUUUUUUAGAAACUGUUAGGCCUAUUGUGCAGAGGCGGUUCACUAUCAGGGGUAAAACUAAAACAGCAAAAGAACAUCAGACUAAGUGAAAUAUGAUGGUGGCUGUGUGAUGGCAGGGGCAGUUUUGUUUCUUCAGAACCAGGACAACUUCCAGAAUUUGAUAGAAUCAUGAAUUUUUGCUCUCUACCAAAACAUCCUUAAGGAGAUUGUCUGACCAUCAGUACUUACUGUUAAAACUUAUGGACACUACUAUGUAGCAGGACAAUGAGGAAAAUGAUGAUGUACGUUCAGAUCUUAGAUUUGGGGUGCAAUAAGUUUUUCACAUCCAUCACACAGAGGCGGGUUGGUCAUUGUAUUUUUUUUUUCCUCUUAAUAUAUAAAAUAAUUUGAAAACCUGUA